CAACUCCAAGACUGCACCAAGGACUCCUAGCAACUCCAAGACUGCUACAAGGACUCCUAGCAACUCCAAGACUGCUACAAGGUCUCCUAGCAACAACUCCAAGACUAGCUGCUACAAGGUCUCCUAGCAACUCCAAGACUGCACCAAGGACUCCUAGCAACUCCAAGACUGCUACAAGGACUCCUAGCAACUCCAAGACUGCUACAAGGACUCCUAGCAACUCCAAGACUGCUACAAGGACUCCUAGCAACUCCAAGACUGCACCAAGGACUCCUAGCAACUCCAAGACUGCUACAAGGACUCCUAGCAACUCCAAGACUGCUACAAGGACUCCUAGCAACUCCAAGACUGCUACAAGGUCUCCUAGCAACUCCAAGACUGCUACAAGGACUCCUAGCAACUCCAAGACUGCUACAAGGACUCCUAGCAACUCCAAGACUGCUACAAGGACUCCUAGCAACUCCAAGACUGCACCAAGGACUCCUAGCAACUCCAAGACUACAACAAGGACUCCUAGCAACUCCUAG